AUGACAUCCCAGUUAAAUGGUGGGACCAUUCAGCCCGCUCGGGUCCUACCACCCGAGUUACCUCAGGUUCUUGCUUCUAUUGGCUGCCUCUUUUGGCUGGACUCUUCUCGUCUGCCCCUCGACAGUCCAUCUUCCGAUUCUUACGCAAUCGACACUUUGGACACUUCGACUACGCUGUUGUGGUGA